UCGCGCAUCGCUGCCCGAGCUCCCCGACGACGCCGCCGGAGCCCCGGGAGGGCCCGAGGCCCCGCGCACUCCGCGCUCCAGCCGGCUCGGCGUAGACUGGGCGGGCACCGGGGCGGGGCGCGCGGCCUCGCGGGUUUGAAUGGAAGGAUCCCGAGCGGCGGGGGCGGCGGCCCGCAGGUCCUGAAGCCAGCAGUCGUCCCCGGCCCCCGCGCCCGAGACAUGCGGCGGGAGAGGUGCGGCGCCCCCCGCCCGCGUCCCCGCCAUGGAGGUGCUGCGGCGCUCCUCGGUUUUCGCCGCCGAGAUCAUGGACGCCUUUGACCGCUCGCCCACCGACAAGGAGCUGGUGGCCCAGGCCAAGGCGCUCGGCCGUGAGUUCGUGCACGCGCGGCUGCUGCGCGCUGGCCUUUCCUGGAGCGCGCCCGAGCGCGCCGCGCCGGUCCCCGGCGGCCGCCUGGCGGAGGUGUGCGCCGUGCUGCUGCGCCUGGCGGACGAGCUGGAGCUGAUCCGGCCCAGCGUCUACCGCAACGUGGCCCGCCAGCUGAACCUCUCGCUGCAGUCGGAGACCGUGGUGACCGACGCCUUCCUGGCUGUGGCGACCCAGAUCUUCUCUGCAGGCAUCACGUGGGGCAAAGUCGUGUCCCUGUAUUCGGUGGCCGCGGGGCUGGCCGUGGACUGUGUGCGGCAGGCCCAGCCCGCCCUGGUGCACGCCCUCGUCGACUGUCUCGGGGAGUUUGUGCGGAAGACGCUGGCACCCUGGCUGCGGAGGCGUGGCGGAUGGACGGACGUGCUCAAGUGCGUGGUCAGCACCGACCCGGGCCUCCGCUCCCACUGGCUGGUGGCCGCGCUCUGCAGCUUUGGUCGCUUCCUGAAGGCUGCCUUCUUCAUGCUGUUGCCGGAGAGAUGAGAUGCUGGCUUGGGCAGGGGCCCAGGGGGCCCUCCGCCCCACCCCAGCCAGGAAGACCCUCGGAGCCGCCCCCGAGUGGACGGUGGAGGCCCUGUCCUGAGCCCCUCCUGCAGAACCCAGGCCCUCUGGACAGAGGCGUGAGGGUCUCCCCUGGGCCUGAGCUGGGCUUCAGUGCUGACCCUUGCACCCAGCUCCCCCUGGAAGCCCUGCCCACCCCCUUCUUCCUGGGCCAGAAGGCCACGCUGUGUCCUGGCCCUGAAGCAGGAAGUGGGAGCCACGUCUGUGUCGGGACCGUGUCAGGACCGGAGCUGGCCUCGGUCCUCAGGGAGGGGCCGUGGACGUUCAGCCUGGAGGCGCCUCUGGCUUGGCCGAAGCUGGAGGCGCCGUGGGGCUGGCUGACCCUGCACGCCGAGUGUGAGGCCACUGAGGUGGCUCCUGACCCACUUCUGGGGGUCAGAUGUGUGCCCCACGCGUGUGUCGGGGUCCCCGUGUGGCAGGGAGCCGCGGGCGCGCGAGCCCGUGGAUGAGGACGAUGGUGUGUGUCUGAUCCCAAUAAAGUGCGGUGGCCGUGGAGGGUGCCCAUCUGCCUGCCUGCGCCCUCCUCCUGCGACGGGCGGCGGCGGCCUGGCCGUGAUGGAUCAGCAGGGGCAGAGCUGCCCCGGGGCCCCCCUCAGGGAGGCCGCCUCACACCGCCCUGUGCCUCGCUGGGCUCACGCACACACGCACGUGCACACACUGGCACUCGCGUGCAUGCGGCCCUGCCCAUCGUGGUGGUCAGCCCCACCCCCCCGCCCACGCCUCCCCACGACCUCCCACUGCAGUGCCCCCCGGCCGUGAUGGGGGCGGCCGCUGAAGCAGCCCCUGGCGGCCCGGCCGCAGGCACACGGCUGGACGUGGCCUCUCUGCCCUGGUUCCCUUUCUGUACAAGGCAGAAGGCACCAGAUGGCCACGUUGGCCGCCUGGCUGUGCCUCCUGCGGGAAGAGCCCAGAUGCCAGCUUCUGUGCACACCGGCCGGCCCCGCGCCUCCCUCGGGGCCCAUCUCCGAGCCCCAGGCCCCCCAGGACCGCUCUCCUCAGCUUCCUUCCUGGGGAGCGGGCAGGGGGCCAGCACCACCUCCCAGCUGUGCCUGCUCCAUCCGCAGGGAGGGGCAUCCCAGGG